AUGGCCCAGACGCUGACGGUGAAGCUGAGCAAAUACGACGGUUCCCCCUGGGGAUUCCGCCUGCAAGGGGGAAAGGAUUUCCCCCAUCCGCUCUCCGUUCUCAAGGUGAACGGAGGUAGCGCGGCGGAGAAGGCGGGCCUGCAGGCGGGAGACGUGAUCCUUCAGAUCGGGGACGUGGACGCGUCCCGGCUCAGGCACCAGGAAGCCAUGGACGUCAUCGUCCGCGCCGGGUCCAACCUCGUCUUCCAAGUCCAGAGGAGCGGCAGCGUCGGCACGACCGUCUGGAAGCCCAAGGUCACUCCGGUGGGGGGCGUGCCGGAGAAGUUCCAUAACGCCAUCCCGAGGGAGAUCCCGACCGUCACCAAGACAUCCCUGGAGGCUGAGCCGCAGGUAGGUGGCGACAUCUGUCGCAUCUUGCCUCGAGUGUAUGGUUCCCCGCGGGAGAAACAGAUGUCGCGACGUCGUUCCGGUUGUAUCUUUCCUGACAGGAGUACCCCCGCCUCGCCCCGUUUGGGAUCCAGUCGUUCAUCGUGCGAUCCGUUGCAGAUGAACGGCGGCACGAAGACGAUCGUGAACAAGCAAUACAACUCCCCGAUGGGACUGUACAGCGAGGAGAACAUCGCGGAGACGCUGUCGGCCCAGGCCGAGGUCCUCACCGGCGGAGUGCUCGGGGUGAACUUCAAGAAGAACGAGAAAGGCUACAGCGGGGAGAAGAGCGAGGUGCUGAAGAUGGUGCAGGACAUGGACCGGGCCCCAAAGACCCCGGAACCAGCGGAAGAGAGCGCGAGUCAUCCCCGCCCCGGGGGGAUGAGGCCGGUUCAGCCUCCGCUGACCCAGCCGGGUCCGGGAGUCGUGGACUACCCGCAGGAACAAGCAACCCAGACCAUCUGCGCCGCCUGCUCCCGCCUCAUCGUGGGCGUGUUCGUGAAGGUGAAGGGGAAGCAACUCCACGUGGAGUGCUUCAAGUGCGAGACCUGCGGCUGUUCCCUCAAGAACACAGGGUAUUAUAGCAUCAAGGAGAAGCUGUACUGCGAGAUCCAUGCCCGACAGCUGGCCCAACAGCAGCAUCAGCAGCAGCAGCAGCCGCCACCGCCUGCCGCCAUCCCGCACAAUCCCGUGACGAACACUGCCACGCCGGGUCUGGAUUUCCGGCGGGACAAACAGAUUUCUCCCCGAAUCGCCCCGAUGUCCCCGUCGCACGCCCCGUCGCACGCCCCGUCGCACGCCCCGUCGCACGCCCCGUCGCACGCCCCGUCGCAUGCCCCGGUCUCGCCGCAGUUUUCGCCCAAGCCCGCCCCGACCUCGCCGCAAUUCUCGCCCAAGUCUUACAUGCCCAAGCUGCCUGGCGUAUCUGGACCCAUACCCUAUCAUCCGAGUCGCGGGAUGUCGCACGUGGAGUCCCCGACUUCCCCCUCGCCGUCGAUGGGGAUGCGUACCAUCUUCCCCACGGCGGUUUACACGCAAAAGUCCGCUUCCCCUUUCGGCUCGAUGCCGCUGCAGUUGAGCCUGGAAGUGCAGCCCGGACCACCCACUAACCCAUUCGAGGAGACUCCUCCGACCAAUUCACACCAAACUCGGCAAACCUCCUCCCAGCUUCUUCUUCAGUCUGUUCUGACUCCCGAGGAGGAGGAAUUUGACAAACUGGCCGCUGAGCUCUCUUCUUCCUCCUUUGUAGAGCAACAGAUGACAAGUUCCAAGUCUUACGAGGCCCGCAUGGAGAGCUAUUCCAGCAGCACGAAAUUUCAGUCUCAAACAUCCUCGACUGGAAACCGUGUGGUGUGGCCACCCCCAAAAGAAUCCCAAGAUCCCUCCUCCCCCACUAAUUUCGAACUCCUCGCAGAACCCGCAAGAGAGCCCCCCAACCCCCCUAAAGACCCUGCCCCAGAACCCCCACCGGCCACAGAACCCCCAAAAGAAUUCCCCGCAUGCGACGGACCGAUCGAGGCCAAUAACACAAUUAACUUUCAACCUAAAUUCGACUUUGGACCCAAAGAGCUCCACCACGUGAGCUUCGCCCCCUCGGUGACGAAAGGGGAGCCGAGCCCAGUGACCCCCACCCCUCCCACCACCUCGAACCCGACCGCGACCUUGACCCCGACCCUGGCCCCCUUCAGCCCGGGGCUGUCCCAGCCGCCCCCGCUGCUGGGCGUCGGGAGGAAGCCGAUGGGGAUCCGGAACUUGAGCCAGAUGCUCGUGCCCAAGAGAGGGAGAGGGAUCUUGGAACAGGGCGGCAUGCGCAUCCCCAUGUGUGGAUCCUGCAACAAUCCCAUCAGGGGCCCGUUCGUGAUCGCGAUGAACAAGACUUGGUGCCCAACCCACUUCACGUGCAGCAUGGGGAACUGCCGUCGCCCCCUGCAGGAGAUGGGCUUCGUGGAGGAGCAGGGGAAGCUGUACUGCGAGUACUGCUGGGAGCAGUUCCUGGCGCCCGUCUGCGACAAGUGCCACCGACGGAUCAAGGAGGAAUGCUUGAAGGCAAUCGGGAAGCACUUCCACCCUGGCUGCUUCACCUGCACUUACUGCAAGAAGGUGUUUGGGAACUCCCACUUCUUCCUCGAGGAUAGCCUCCCCUACUGCGAGACUGACUGGAACGAACUGUUCACGACGAAGUGCCAGGAAUGCGGCUUCCCGAUCGAGGCCGGGGAUCGCUGGGUGGAAGCCCUCAACUCCAAUUAUCACUCCCAGUGCUUCAAAUGCACCCUGUGCGGAGUAAAUUUGGAAGGCAAGAGCUUCUUCGCCAAGUCGGGGAGACCCUACUGCCGCGCUCAUGCCACCAAAGCUCCCUCCUCUCGCUAAUACCUACUUUCUGCCUCUCUUCUACCUACUUCUCCUAAUCGCCUCUCCAGUCUUGUAGGAAAAAUCUGGAAGGGCAGAGCUACUUCGCCAAGGGCGGCCGUCCCUACUGCAAGAUGCAUGCUCGCUAAAAAGAAAAAAGAAAGAGGAAGCCAUGGGCAUCCAUUUCAAGGAAAAAGUCUUCAUUCUAGAGCGUUCUUCGUUUUUUGAGGAAUUUAAAAUUUAAGAUAUGUUGAUUCGUCAGUAUGAUACUGUACGUGUGUAGGAGAGAGAACCAAAGAGCGUGUUUGUUCGAUGUAUGUUUUCUUCCGUUGAUUGUUUGGGAUUCGCAUGAUCGUGUGAGGAUCAGAGAGGAUUCUGGUCUGAGGAUCGCCGAGGAUCACUGAGGAUCAUGAUGAGGUGGAAAAUACUCAAGUGUUCCUAAUCUCCGUUUUGAGGAAAGUUUGUAGAAAGUUUUCUUUUCUUUUUCCCCUUCUUGCUCAAUGUUCUUCUGCCACCUCGUCUGUAUCGUACUUGUACUUAUAUCAUGACACCACGUGGAGCUUCCCUUCAUUAAUAAUGUUAUGAAUUAAUUAAUGGAUUACAUGUCUAUGUUCGCCCCAGUGUUCUGUGAAGGAAUAAACGCCUUCAGCGCUUUCUCGCUCUA